AUGCGGCCCCUUACCCUAACUCGUGCCGUUGGCCUCAACCGCCUCAAAAGGCACUUCCUCAGCUAUGCCAAAGAAUCCCCUGAGAGAGUUGAGUUGUCCGAGACAAUCCAGAAGAUGAAGGCUGAAUUCCCUGCUACAAUCCCAAUCAAAAUAAAUGGAUUAGAAGUUGAAACGAAGCAAUCCCGCUCCCAAGUAAACCCUUCUCGGCAUAAAGAUAUUGUGGCCAACUAUGCACUGGCUACACCCGAUCAAGUAAAUGCUGCUGUCGAUGCGGCUCUCAAGGCCAAACCUGCUUGGGAGGCCACUCCAUUUGAAGACCGCGCAGCUGUUUUUCUGCGUGCCUGCGAGCUCAUUACCGGCAAGUAUCGCUCUGAGAUGGUUGCUGCGACGAUGCUUGGUCAAGGCAAAAAUAUAUGGCAAGCAGAGAUUGAUGCCCCAGCGGAAACCGUUGACUUCUUCCGCUACUACAUUCAAGAGGCAUGGGCUCUUUACUCUCAGCAACCUAAAGUUCAUCCUGAUGGAAACUGGAAUAAACUUGAAUACCGUCCACUUGAAGGAUUUACCUAUGCGAUUGCCCCUUUCAAUUUCACAGCACUUGGAGCUACACUUGUUGGCCCGGCCGCGUUGCUUGGAAACGUGGUCAUCUGGAAGCCGUCAGAUUCAGCCCUUCACGCUAGCUGGCUUCUCCACAAGAUUCUGCUAGAAGCUGGCCUCCCUAAGGAUGUUAUUCAAUUCCUACCUGGUGAUGCCGAGGAAGUAACCAACACCAUCCUUAAAAGACCCGAAUUCAGUGCUCUGACCUUUAUUGGAUCUACCUCGACUUUCAAGGGGAUCCAAAAGAAGAUUGGAGAUGGGAUUGGACAAGGCAUCUAUAACUCCUACCCUCGUGUUGUGGGUGAGACCGGUGGGAAAAACUGGGGAGUGGUCCAUCCAUCUGCGGACGUGAGAAGUGCUGCUUUGAACACUAUUCGCGCUGCCUUCGAGUACCAAGGCCAAAAGUGCUCUGCCAACUCCCGUGUCUAUGUUGCCGAGUCAGUUUGGCCUGAAUUCCAACGACACCUAAAAGAGGAAACGGAGGCGUUGAAGGUUGGAGACGUCGAAGAUUAUGGCAACUUUGUCAACCCUGUUAUCCACGAGCGCUCGUUCGACAAAUUGAAUAAAUUCAUCGAGGAGGCGAAGACCGAUUCGGAGCUUGAACUUAUUACUGGCGGUAAGACCUCCAAGGUAAAAGGGUACUAUGUGCACCCCACCGUCUAUAAAACCUCCAAUCCACGUCACGAUAUCAUGAAUCGGGAGCUGUUUGGGCCGAUUCUGGGCGUCUAUGUUUACCCCGAUGCUGAGUGGGAGGAAACUCUGAAGUUGGUUGAUACAACCUCUAGAUAUGGCCUUACUGGAAGCAUUUAUGCGAAGGAUCCAUACGCCAGCCGCCAGGCCCAGGCUGCCCUGAAGCAUGCUGCUGGUAUGCUCUACCUGAAUACUAAAUGCACCGGCUCUACGGUUGCUCAGCAGCCAUUUGGUGGUAGCCGAGAUUCUGGUACCAAUGAUAAAACAGGCACUAUGGCUCAUUUGCAAAGAUUCGUUAGCACUCGGACGAUCAAGGAGGAAUUUAUCCCCUUAGAGAAGAUUGACACAGGAAUUCCUUCGGGCCUCUAUUGA